AUGGCUGGCGACACUGAGUUCCACUACAUUGGGAUUGAUGUAGGCACUGGCAGUGCGCGUGCCUGCGUCAUUGACCACCAGGGCAAUAUUGUUGGUCUUGCUUCCCAAAGUAUCAAAACAUGGCAGCCCCAUCCGGAAUUCUAUGAGCAAUCAACUAAAGACAUCUGGAAUAGCAUUUGCACGGCAGUCAAGCAAGCUCUCCAGGAAGGAGGUUUGCAACCAUCCAGUAUCCGAGGUCUUGCUUUCGAUGCCACAUGCUCUCUGGCUGUUUUCAGCAAAGAGACCAACAAUCCAGUCUCUGUGGGUGGUCUGGAAGGCAGUAGUGACCAGAAUGUGAUUCUAUGGCUGGACCACCGCGCAGUGGCAGAGACCAAGACCAUCAAUGCGACCGAUCACCCUGUGCUCCAGUAUGUAGGGGGCGGCAUGUCGGUCGAAAUGGAGAUGCCUAAGAUUCUCUGGCUGAAGAAACAUAUGGAUCCGAUCAAGUUCCAGGACUGCGAGUUUUACGAUCUUGCAGAUGCCCUCACCCAUCUAGCUACCGGAGAAAAGACUCGAAGCUACUGCAGCGUAAUUUGCAAACAGGGCUAUCUCGCAGCUGGCGCAGACUACGGCGAAGAGGGCUGGCAGCUGGAGUUUCUGAAGCAGAUUGGGCUUGAGGAUCUUGCCACCAACGACUAUUCUCAAAUUGGUGGUAUCAACGGCAAGAACGGCCGGUAUCUCAGUGCUGGCGAGCGCGUUGGACCUUUAAGUGAAAAGGCGGCUGUUGAUUUGGGGCUCUCAGCAGGCAUCGCUGUCGGUAGCGGGGUCAUUGACGCCUAUGCAGGCUGGAUAGGCACAGUUGGUGCCAAAGUUGACCUUGGACUGGAUGGUCCGAUCGACCACAGAGAACAUCUUUCGCACCGAUUGGCAUUAGUUGCUGGUACGUCCACUUGCUACCUAGCGAUGACGAAUGAUGAGCUGUUCGUUGCCGGAGUCUGGGGUCCGUAUCGGGAUGUCCUUUUCUCUGGGGCGUAUGUUGCUGAAGGAGGCCAAUCGGCAACCGGUGAACUCAUCCGACAUGUUGUUGAAAGUCAUCCCGCAUACUCGAAAACAGCCACAGAAGCGAAGAAUGCCGGCAUCUCAGUUUACGAUUUUUUGAAUGACUACCUGCGUGAACAGGCAAAGCAGAGAGAGUGUGCUCAUGUGUCCGAUUUGGCUAAACAUUUCUUUUUCUACGGUGAUUUAUGGGGCAACCGCUCACCUAUUGCUGAUCCGAAAAUGAGUGGCGCUGUCAUCGGGUUGAGAAGUGAAGAAUCAAUCAAAAAUCUCGCUCUCCAUUAUUAUGGGGCUUUGGAGUUUAUAGCGUUGCAAACGCGCCAGAUUGUGGAUACGAUGAACGAACGUGGGUAUCAAAUCUCAACAAUUUUCAUGUCCGGGUCACAAACACUCAACGACCUCUUGAUUCACUUGAUUGCUUCUUGUUGCAAAAUGCCAAUUUUUGUUCCGGAAUAUGUGCAUGCGGCCGUUUGCCACGGCGCUGCUAUGCUGGCAGCUAUGGCCGCCAGUGAGGAAUUGGAAGAGGAAUCGAAGGAUCUAUGGAGUAUCAUGAGCCAAAUGAGCAAGCCUGGCCGUCGUUUGGAGCCUACGGCUGAUGUUAACGAACAAAGGCUGCUCCAGGCUAAAUAUGAGGUAUUUUUGGACAUGUGUUUCAAACAGCGUGAGUAUCGGGACUUGAUAGAUAAACGAAUGUCUGCGGCAGAGUAA